AGCAAACUCCUGUUAUAAUAUUGCUCUCAGAUUAUAUACAUGAUUUUUUUUAGUGGGUUAACAUUACUUUUAUAAGUAAUAGAGCUACAUUUUUGGUCCACUUAUAGCAGUCAGUGCUGCAGCUGCUGGUGCUGACUCAAGAGGAGGAGAGGAAGCAACUUAUCACAUUAAUACAUGGAAUCUCCAUAAAGGAUGUGCAGGCACCAGCAUUCACAGUGCCUCCAAAAUAUGACAAUCAUCAUCAAGUUCCUUUGAGGAAUGGCUGUAUUAAAAGGCUGCAUCAAAUUCAUGCUUGGUUGCAGGCACACAGUGGUACUCAGAGCCCUCUACAGCAAACUAACCCUGAACCACAACCGAUGGCCCAGCUCAAAGUGCAGGCCUACAGAGAAUGGUCCCAACUUCUCCUGGAAGACUGUGCCCUGCUUCUUCUAACCCAUCUAACAGAACUUCAGGAAGUCCAAGCUUCUGCUUUACUGCAAGCGAUGAUGGAUGGGAAUGCACAGCUUCUCCAGGCUUUGCGGGAUAAAUAUAAAUCUGAAUUUCAAGCUCAGUGCUUUAGCAACCUGCUCCACCUCCUGAUCUCAGAUGCCCCCCUUAGUUCAGGCUCUAUGUUAAAUCCUUAUCCAAACUUUACUGAAACCAGCAGCAGCAAGCAAAUCAUAGUUCAGUCCUCUUACACUGGACAGGCAGAAGUCCAAAACAUGAGUGGGGGAUCAGCUGAAGCUGAGACGGUUGAUUCAAGCAAAAGCAGCAACAGUGUAGUGAAUGAAGUCCAAAAUGCGGAUGGGACUUACAAACACGAUUUCUGUUCAGGUUGUGGAGCAGUCAUGGAGGACCUGCCCUACUUGGAGAUCCUGUGUGUGUCAGAUGCUCGUGAGGGUCUUGCUGCAGAUGGAGGAGCCAAAGAGGAAGCAGAGGGCAGUGAAUUAAAGAGCCCCCAGAGCUGUGAGAAACAGGGCUCUUUAAUCACCCUCGCCUGGAGCAAACCACCAGAGGAUGACAUAUACAGCGCAGCAGAGCCUGCAGAUGGGUGUACAGGAGAGAUUCAGGAUGGUGCAAGAAGUCUGAAGACGCAAGCACGGCCUACACAAUGUGAUGUGUCAGAUCAAGAGAGAGAUGGAGAAGAGCUGAAACCUACUGGGUUGAAGUCUGGUACUCCAGAUCACUGUGACACACAGUCUGCAAACCAGCAGUGCAGCACAGUAGAAGAGCUGGCCUUCAGUAACAGACAAACAGCCGACCAACCAAAUGAAGGAGAAACUGUAUUUGAAUGUGGCUUACAAACACAUGCUUUGGUGGCAGAGAGCAAGGAAGCCGCACAGCCACACCCUAUGGCUGAUUCCUCUGAAGCUAACCCACAUGCAGACAACUUCUGCUAUGGGACAUGCAAGGACAUAACUAAUGCUGACAGGGAUGUGACUGAGGUGGAAACAGAGUCCAAGCAGUGGGACAUGACAGACCCUGAACUUGAUCGCUAUAAGGAGCAGAAAUACUGUCCAGAAGAAACAGUAGACUGUAGCCUGUCAGAGUGUAAGGCAAAGAAGGAAGCUUCUCUGAUGGAGAGAGAACGAGUGAGCGAACCGGUGUCUGCAAUGGAGAGAGAGAGGACAAUGCGCAACCUAGUGGACAUGCAAAGAAAAGUUGAACAAAGGCAACAGAGAGACAGAGAGAGGCAACUGCUCAGGGUUCAGGAGCGCCUGUCAAUCAUCCAGAACAGAAAGGCAGAGGAAGACCUGCUUGGCCUGAAACACACAGACAGGAUAAAGCACCUUACUCAAGAUCUACCACUGGAAGAUAAGAACAAGCAGAAGACUGUUGUGAAAGAGCGUCUGGAGCAACUCAGAAGAGAGCGCUCUUAUGUCAUGCAGUCUAAAAGAGAUAGAAAUACCACAGGGUUUAAAGAACUCCUGGGUCCAGUUGCCCUCCAGAGCAGAGACACGGAGGAUGCAGAAGACUGAGUCACAACACAGUCACAAAAAUACCAACAAAUGUACGCUUUUCUUAUUUUGAAUAUAUUGAGGCACCAAUUGUCUAAUGUGUUUAGGUUUAAUGGUGCAGAUUUUCUAUCAGCAGUAUUUCCUUUUGUUCGGGGUUGUAACAAAACUUAUACAGAAUGCUCAGAAACCAGUACAGGUUGUACAUAUGAAAACAGAACAGCUCAAUUAACUUGCAGUCAUUUAUUGUACAGUUUAAUCAUAAUCUCAACAACCAUAAGCAUCAACAAUAAUGUAAUUUACCAAUGACCCUUGUGUACAGACUAUCCCGUGGGCUAAAUUAAAUACACAAUGAGUCACAGAGGUGCGUGAUAACAGUCUACAGUGGCUCCAUUAACUUCUCUUCAUCUGAACAUAACAUUUAUUACCAUUAUGUAAGAAAAAAAGUUGUGGCUAAAGAAAGACACUGCUGUUGACUCUGAAUGCACCUGUGGAGUAGGACUGUAUUUAUUUACAGGUAUAUGGGGGUGGGACUCUUAUAACAUGUUGAGGGACAAAGGUUUGGCUAACAAGAAUAGGGAGAUAUGUAUAACAUAGAGGGUUUGGUGCAGGCUCAGUGGUUUUCCUGCAAGCCAGGAGAACUUCUCAGUCCUGGUGAGAAUAAAACUGUCCAUGUGGGGAAGAUUCUCAGCAAAUAAACAUUUUUUCUCCUUCCCUAACUUUAUAUAAUAUCCACUCACACUGCAGUCCAAUAUAAAGCAGGAAUACCUACCACCCUAAUAAGCCGGAACAUUCCACAGCAGCUCCCACACACUGAGCCACUGCAUAACACACAUACAAGUAGUAUACAAGUUUGACCUCCACUCAAAUGAACACAAAACUUCAAGUUCAGAGGUCUCAAACACACUAACCCCCCGCUUCAGACAUGCAAUUGUUUCCAUUAAUCAACUGAACUUGUCGGCUUCAUGUCUGAACAUUGAUCGUCUCUCUUCAAUAAUGGCAAGACUGUGAAUGUGCAUGUGUCUUGAAUCAGUAACGACUAUAAUUUGAAGAGUUGUAUAUGAUGCUUUUUUCCUGAUCCAGAAGAGAAAUGUUUGUCCCUGGGUGGAUGUGUUAGGGGAAGGGUACAGCUCUCCAAGGAGCACCAUGCAGUACAAAUACAGAACCUGCCCCUUUUUACACUAUUGGAGAGAACUAAACAUUCGAAAAUUUACUUGUCUUCAAUUAAAGAACCUUAACUAAAGUGCUAUACAUCUGCACAGCAUAAUUUUCUCACUUUAAAGAUUAAUGAAUGUUAUCUCUGUCUGAAUAGGGGCUUAUCAUUCACACCUACAUAGACAAAAAACAGCUUACAUAUGAGAAAAAAACAAAACAAAAAACAAAUGUGCCUGGCAGGCAGGUAACUUUAGUCAGGCCUUUAAUAUGUGUGUGUGGCAGCUAGGAACUGAACAGAACCAGCAAAUCCCAUUUUCAAAAUAUGACACGUAUAAUCAGGUUAGCGCUGAUGGGAGCAGGGCACUUUAAUAGUGGUGACACACUGAAAUUGAAACACCUGUGGUGCCAGAUGUUUAUGUAAUGUCUGGACCCUAGUUUUACACGGGCAAGCUCUUUAGCAAACGGCAGCAUGCGCUUGUGUGUAAAAGAUUUUAAACUAUACCUUUUACAAGACAGUCAACAAAAAUUGAAUUUUA